AUAAAUAAACAAAUAAUUAAUUGGAUAUAAUUCCCCUUUGUACGUGAUAAAUUUUGAUAAUUAGCCGAGAUCAAAUAUUCAUGACAAGUUCAUCAUCAAUAAAUAGAUAAUUUUUUUUUUUUUUUUUAAUUUAAUUAUGAUGUAAAAUUGUGAUAAAUAAACAUGGAACUGUUGAUUGAGAAUAUUGAGAUAAUUUAAAAGAAUUAAAUAAAUAAAACUGUACAUCAAUUUAAUACGUCACACAAAUAUCGUCAAUCAUUUUCAUGAAAGAACAAAGUACAAAGACAAAAAAUUAAGAAAAAAAAAAAAAAGCACAGACUACACAAUGUGAUAAUUUCCCCAACAGUAUUUUUUUUUAGAUAAAAGAUAUAAAUCAUCAUUAUUAUCAUCAAGAGAAAUGUUGCUCAAAAUAUACUCAUUAUUUAUAUUGAGUUUGGAUUUGAUAACACUAUUUUUUGGUAUUUGGUUGUCAAUAAUACUUGCAAUUUAUCGUUCAUUUAAUCCACCGUCAUUGAAAAGUCUUCAUGGCGAAAUUGCUAUGGUUGUUGGUGCUGGACGUGGUGUUGGUAGAGAAAUUGCAAUUCAACUUAGUCAAUUAGGUGCAAUUGUUGCAUGUAUUGAUAUUAAUGAAGAUAUGUGUAAUAAAACAUCAAAUAAAGCAAUACGUUAUUCUGGUCAAUCAAAAGCUUAUGCUUGUGAUGUAACAGAUAAAUUACAAGUUGAAAAUACUGUUAAAAAAAUACGUGCUGAUUUUGGUGAUGUUACAAUGGUUAUUCAUUGUUGUGGUGUACCAAGUCCACGUGUUUUAAUUAGAGAAACACCAGAAAUUCAAAAAGCCAUGGAAUUAUCAGUUAUCAGUCACUUUUGGCUGUUGGAUGCUGUAUUGCCAAGUAUGGAAAAAGCUGGACGUGGACAUAUUGUUGCUCUUUCAUCAGUUGCUGGAUUUUCUGGUGGUUCAAGUCGUGGUGGACGUGUUCAAUUAACAGCAGCACAAUUUGCUAUACAAGGAUUAACUGAAUCACUCAACAGUGAAUUACGUCAAGUUAACAGUAAUAUUGUUGUUACACUUGUUCAUAUUUAUCCAUUUAUUCUUGGUGCUGAGAUGGAAAAAGAUAUUCGUUUGAGAAUACCAAGUUAUUUUGGUACAAUGCCAGCAACAGAAGCAGCAAAAAAUAUUCUAGAUGGUGUUCGUAGAAAUUACACUGAAUUUAGUGUUCCAGGAUAUCUUCUUUAUCUUGGUCAUAUUCUCAGAAUAUUACCAAAAACAGCAUCAUUUUUGCUGCGAGAUUUUUUGGAUACUGGUGUUGAUUUUGGAUAAUGAUAUUAUAAUGAAAAUUGUUUGUGAUUUAAAGACUGACAUGAUCCA